CUGACUUAAGCACCUGGCAUUUCUUACGCCAUUUUGAAAAGCGUGUUUAGGAACACCGUAGAUCUACACCCUUUGUUGUUCUUAGUUUUUUUUGUAGAGUCUAAGUAAUAAAUUUAUCUUUGACAAAAAGUAAAUUAAUCAUGUCUAUGGAAAAAGGAAAAAUUUUUGUUGGUGGUCUUAGCUGGGAUACAGAUAAAGAUGCAUUACAGUCAUAUUUCUCUCAAUAUGGUGAAGUCACAGAUUGUGUUGUUAUGAAUAAUCCUCAAACUGGUAAAUCUAGAGGAUUUGGAUUUGUCACAUUUAAAGAUCCUUCAGCAGUUGAUGUUAUUUUGGCAACACCCAAACACACUCUUGAUGGUAGAAAUGUAGAUGCUAAGGCUUGCAGUGCACGGGGAGCAGGAGGGCCUAGUGCUAACAAGGCUCGCACAGGAAGUAACUUUACUGGAAGAACGACAAAAAUAUUUGUUGGGGGGUUACCUAAUGAUGCUACUAGUGAUGGCCUCAAAAGUUAUUUUUCACGCUUUGGUGAGGUCGUUGAUGUGGUGAUAAUGUAUGAUGAAGAAAAGACCAGGCCAAGGGGCUUUGGAUUUUUGACCUUCGACACUGAAGAAGCAGUAGAAGCAGCAGUUAAAGAGCACUUUGUGGACUACAAUGGAAAAAAGGUUGAGUGCAAACGAGCUGAACCCCGUCAAGGUGGUGGAGGUGGUGGUAGAGGCGGUAAAACCAUGCAUGGUGGUGCUAACUUCAAUGGUGAGCAGAAUUGGGGCGGUAUGGGAGAUGGAUCCAAUUGGAAUCAAUAUGGUUAUGGCCAGCAAGGCUAUGGUUAUGGAAAUCAGGGUUAUGACCAAAGCUGGGGACAGCAAGGCUAUGGACAGUAUGGACAGGGCUGGGGACAACAAGGCUAUGGCCAGCAAGGUUAUGGUCAGCAGGGCUAUGGGCAACAAGGAUGGAAUGGCCAGCAGCCUAAUGGUGAGUUAGCUGAAGGUCAAGGCCAAGGCUAUGGUGGCUACAGUGGUGCAGGAUUUAAUAAUUUUGGUGGCAGUCAAGGCCAACAAGGCUAUGGUGGUUAUAGUGGACAAGGCUUUAGUAAUUAUGGUGCUGGCAACCAAGCUGGAUACACUCAACCAGGAAACCAAGAAGGCUAUGGCAAUGGAUAUCAGCAGGCACAACCUCAAGGCAGAGCUCCAGCUCCAAGUGCAGCCCAAAGUACAACUCAAGGAUAUCACCCAUAUAAGCGUUAAUUUUUGUUUUAUGUAAUGUCAUUCUUAAAGCCCUUGUAAAUAAUGGACACACAAUGUUGUUUUUUUUUUAAAGCAAAUUACAAUGGUUAUUUUAGUUAAAAGUCAGCUUCAAGUAUUUCUUGUCUGUUUUUUUUUUUUUAUUUAUGUAUAUUGUUUGAUUGUUUUAUUCCUGGCCAAGACAAAUGUACCACUAAGACUCAAAAUGUUUAUUUAGGCAGUAUUAAAAAGGAAAAAAGUGUUACAUUUGUUUUUUUUAUUACUGUGGAUGCAUGAAAGUAAUGAUUAUGUGAAUGGAGUAUGAAAAGAAAUAGUUGCUUUUAGUUUCAGCAUCAACUGUGAGUAUGCUGUGUUUUAUUAGAAGGACCAAUUUUGUUUCUUUGGUUAGGUUUAAAUAAAAGUUUUAAUUUAGAGCAGUUCAGAACUGUCAGUUUUGUAUAGUAUUGGCAGCUCAGUGUAAGUUUGUACAAGAAAAAUGUUCAUUUCUCUUCAUUUACAUGUUGUCAUGUCUUGUUUUUUUUUUUUUUUUCCCUCAAUGUCCAUCAUGUGUAAAUAGUUAAAAAUAAAUCUCAUUUCAAGAACACUCA